CUGGUGUUUUAAGAUUUCCCUGCGUGUGCAACAGUAAAUAAUUCAUUGUCAGCGACGUUGCCUACAGGUCCUGGUGCGGAGAAAAGCUCGUCACUCCUGCAGUGUGCACUCUUGGCAGCAGCUCCUGGGAGAGAUCGCACAGAUCCUGGGAAGCUGCAGAGCACCCACACCCCACCGAGGAUACACAGGACUACCCUUACUCCUCCUCCUCCCUCCCUUCCUCUCUCUCUCUCUCUCUCUUUCUAUCUCAACUCUGCACUCAGCAUUAUCAGAACUGCUGGAGCUGUAGGCAGGCUGACCAUCGUCUCUCAACAAGCCACUGAGGAGAAACUUCCAAGAAAAGCUCGUCAUUCACACGGCUUCCCUUCCCUCCUGCCCAAGGAUGCCGGAGCUCGGACGGAGAUGGACGAGGCUGAUCUGCUUGUCGCUUCUGUGUCUGUGUCUGAGCCUGCCGGGGGAGUCAAACGCCAGGAGAGCCCCCAAGAUACCCCGCUGUCCUGCGACCUGCUCCUGCACCAAAGACAGUGCCUUCUGUGUGGACACCAAGGCAAUCCCCAAGAGCUUCCCCCCUGGAAUCAUCUCUCUGACGAUGGUGAACGCGGCCUUCACUACGAUCCCAGAGGGAGCUUUCUCGCACCUCCACCUCCUGCAGUUCCUCCUCUUGAACUCCAACACAUUCACCAUGAUUGCUGAUGAUGCCUUUGCCGGUCUGUCUCACCUGCAGUACCUGUUCAUAGAGAAUAAUGAUAUCCAGGCUCUAUCGAAGUACACCUUCAGAGGACUCAAAUCCCUGACUCAUCUAUCUCUUUCAAACAACAACCUGCAGCAGCUGCCAAGAGAUCUCUUCAAACAUCUAGACAUCCUCACAGAUUUAGACCUGCGGGGGAACUCUUUCCGCUGCGACUGUAAAAUCAAGUGGCUGGUCGACUGGAUGGAGAAAACCAACACUUCUGUUCCCGCCAUCUACUGCGCCAGCCCCUUCGAAUUCCAGGGACGCAGAAUCCACGAUCUGGCGCCACGAGACUUCAACUGCAUCAGCGCAGAUUUUGCUGUUUACGAGACCUUCCCUUUCCACUCUGUGUCUGUGGAGUCCUAUGAGUUCAAUGGGGAUCAGUUUGUGACCUUUGCUCAGCCCGAUUCGGGGUUCUGCACCCUGUACGUCUGGGACCACGUGGAGAUGGUCUUCAGGAUGUUUCAUAACAUUACCUCUCGCUCUGCCGUGUACUGCAAACCAGUGGUCAUAAGCAACAGUCUGUACAUGGUUGUGGCUCAACUGUUCGGCGGCUCUCACAUCUACAAGUGGGAAGAGGACCCGCAGCGCUUCGUCAAGAUCCAAGACAUCGACACCACCCGUGUGAGGAAGCCCAACUUCGUGGACACCUUCCAGCUGGAUGACGAGUGGUACUUUGUGGUGGCGGACAGCUCCAAGGCCGGCUCCACCAGCAUUUACCGCUGGAACAGCAACGGUUUCUACUCCCACCAGUCCCUCCAUCCCUGGCAUCGGGACACCCACGUGGAGUUCCUCGACGUCGCGGGAAAGCCUCACCUCAUCCUCUCCAGCGCCUCCCAACCGCCGGUGGUUUACCAGUGGAACCGAAGCCAGCGGCAGUUCGUCUUUUUCUCCCAGAUCACCGAGGUGGCAGACGUGCAGAUGGUCAAGCACUUCUGGGUGAGGAAGGUCCUCUACCUUUGCCUCACACGCUUCAUCGGCGACUCCAAGAUCCUCCGCUGGGAAGGCCAGCGCUUCGUAGAGAUCCAGACUCUUCCCUCCCGGGGCUCGAUGGCGGUGUAUCCCUUCACGGUGGGCCUCCGCCAGUACCUCAUUCUCGGUAGCGAUUUCUCCUUCUCCAGAGUGUACCUGUGGGACGACCUCACCCAGCGCUUUCAGCCCUUCCAGGAGCUCAACAUGAGGGCCCCGCGGGCGUUCAGCUUGGUUUCUGUCGACAACAAGGACAUCCUGCUGGCCGCCAGCUUCAAGGGCAACACGCUCGCCUACCAGCACCUGGUGGUGGAUCUCAGCGCCAAGUAGACGUGCCAAAGUCCGAGCGAAAGGAGGCGUUUUCUGAGCAUUUAUCAACGUGUGCCAAACAAAAGAAAGACUGCAAAAAUGUUUAAGCCAUGUAACUAAAGGUCUGCUGUUCCACCUGGUGUUUAAAGGGAGGCAACUAAUUAAAUGAUUAAUCUAUUUUUAUGCACUAUCUCUUAACAUGUGAAUGAAACGUGAUAAUGCCGAUCUUAGUGUCAUGUGAGUGCUUCAGCCACAUAUCUUAAGCCAGUUCCUUUUUUAUUUAUUUAAGUAUUAUAUCGAAUACUAAUGUGAAAAUGCAUGUGCAUCUACUGAAUUAUUCUCUGGAUGAGAGUGGAUGUUGUAAAGCUACGGAGGACACACACAGUGGGGUUUAAUCUGUGUAGCAUCUUGCAUGAUACGGCACAAAUGAUAUGUAAAAACAAGCAAUACGUAACCACACCGCAAUACUUUAAAAUCCUUCAUCUUUAUAUAUGAGGUAUGUUUUGGAUUUAAUGUUCGUUCUGCAAUAAUAACACAGGAUCAUGAGGCAUGAGUACAACUAAAGCGAGGGGCUUUAAAAUGGACUGAAAAUGUGAACUUAUUUUCUUUAUAAUUUAAGUUUUUAAAAGACAUAUUUGUCUUGUGAGGCGUGAUAGAAGAUUCUGGGAUCAGAGAAUGUGUAUUAAAGUUAUUAAAAGCUCUAAUCCUGUCCUUUGUUUUUAAAUGUACAGUCACAAACUGAGUUUAAGUGUCGCUGUGUACAUUUGCACAUGGAAGCGGGCGGGAACGGGGUGUGAUUAAAUGCAUCUUACGAGCCCUUAAAAGAAAAGUCCUGUGUCCUGUCUUAUGUCUUAAUGUGGUGCUGGUGGAGCAGAUUUAUGAGCUGCGUUAUUAUUUAAACUGUCUUGUUUUUCUUCC